AUGUUCCUGGAUCAAUCGGAGUUACUUGUGGGUGAACACGUUGAGGGGCUGAGUCAAUCUGGUGAACGGAAAUCAGCUUUCACCCAAGUAUUCAGCAAUUUUCCACAAAACAUGGGGCUUUUCUCCGCAGGCACAGUCAACUGGCAGCAACUCUUGCCAGCCCUGGAGUACACAAAGCUUGAGAUCCAGCCCAUUCCAGCCCCACCACUGUCUCGACAGGCUGCUUCUGAGGCCAUGCAAGAAUGGCAGGGAACGCAGUACAACAACAGAGUCUUCAAUGCUGGGGUACCUCGCCUCCUGGAACGAGCCUUCCAGACGACAGGCGAGUUGUCGUCCACUGCCCCUGCUGCAUUCAUGUACAUGGAACAAUGCUUCCAGAGUGCAUAUGGCUGUGCGGGCCCUUUGUUUGACCAACCAGAAGUGGCAUUGUCUUUAGUUCUUUGCUCUGCAGUGCGCUGGAAAAUCACAGACAGCGAGCUUGCGCCCGGAACAUCGACACACUGGGUAGAUAUUUUCCAGGUGGGGGCAGCUUUUCCAAGCAAUCAUUCAGUCUUGGUUCCUCGGCUUUGGUGGAGUCAGAAUAAGAAAACCAAAGGGAAGCUUCUGGAGGACUUCAAGAGUCUGAACAUUUCGUUGGAGGGGCUCCUGCCAGAUUGCCUGAAAUUGCUCAAAAGCCCAAAGCAAGGCGCUACAGAGCGGGGGCCCUUUGUGGGAAGAUCUGGUGGCCAAUUCCCUGGCUGCGCGGUUCCGCCUUUACUGCAUGGCAAGAAACCUGAGUGCCGACGUCACCUGGGCCCCAUUUCUAUCAAUUUAUCCCACUGA